UCCGUUCGGAGUCUCGUAAUCGCUACGCGCGUCGCCCUCUGUGAGGUGUGUUUUUAGGUUUCUAAAUAAUACAGCUUGAUCGCGUAACUUAACGCGGACGAGUCCGCUGAAAAUGGUUCAUUGAUAAUACGCAAGAGACGGAGACGGUGUGUGAAAGUGCAAAACAAAAUUACUCUACCCGUUGAGGAAGGUCGGGGUUGGCGGAGUUCAUACUCAGUUGGUUACAGUGCGAAGAGUUGGACUGGAGCACGGACUGUCCUAAUUUUUGGCGCCUAAUUUGAUGGACACCUGAGGAAGACCAAAGCGAGAGAACCAUCGUUAUACAAGACAUGCUAUGCGAAUGGGUAACCGAAACAUGAAGGUGGUUUUUGUUUUGAAUGAGCUCACAAAGAAAAGUUAACCGCACGUUCGCAUGGAAGUGAUCGCGUAGCGAUGAAGUAAUAUGUGGGAAAGGCUGACCAUACCUAACCGUGAUGUGCUGUGAGGUCGCGUGGAAGGCUGCAGGAAAGACAGUGUUUUCGACCAGUGAUGCUACGAUUACGUGCAAUAUUUCGGUGCAAUUAAACUGUGAUUAUCGUUAGAAGGAUUUUUCCAUCAUACAUAAUUCCUAUCGCCUUCUAAAAGACCGCGGAUUAGUUAUCUAACACCCUGGACAUGUGAAUCAUUCUGCAAACAGUGGAAAUUAUAGUGAACAGCCAAGAUCAUCACUCUAAUUUAGGAAUUCAUCUUUCAACGACACCAAGCGAAAUCUAACACGGAUAUGAUCGAAGUAUCAGCAUCUCAGUUGGAUCACUUCUGCUAACACGACUCCUCUCUACAAAAAUGUCUCCUCCUCUCUGUUCAAAAAUUAUGCAUAUCUGUCGAAACAAAAACGUACAACACCUUCCAUAGUGUGAACGAAGCCCGGCAGCGGUUUCACUAUAUCUAUGUAAACUUCCCGGUGAAUACCGUGUCGUGAAGUGCAGUUGAAUAUACAUAUACCUCAUUCGGGGGACUCCAAAGCACCACAGACAGCAGAGCAAAAGUGAAAGAUCGGGGUACCAGUUUUAUCGCAGCCAGCGCGUGUCUACGAAAGAGGCCAUUGCUCAAUAGAGCUGAUGGGAUAUGUUGUGUCUGAAAUUACGAUGACUUGUCAAGCCUUACUUCCGAGUCAGUGGUUUUGAUGGUUACGAGAAGAAUCAAGUUCGAUUUAAUUUCCUUAUGAGCGGUUGAUCGGAAUAUUGCCAUUGGGGAACAAACUAGUUAAAGAUGUGGCUUCCUGGAGCAGCAACAGCAGCAGCAGCACCAACAACAGUUUACCAUCGAUCGGCGAUAAUCGGAAUAAUUUGUCUUGUGUACGGACUGCUACAGGUGGAACGAAUCCAAGCUCAAAAUCAGCAAGAUACCUCCAAUGUGUUCAACACUUCGUCCUGCUUGGAGAAACCAUACCGAUGUCCGCAUCCCAGAAUUAAAUUCUAUCUUUAUACCCGACGAACACAGCAAAAACCGGAACUGAUAGAUGUGCUGGAUCCGGAGUCGCUCUACAACACCCACUGGAAUCCGAAGCAUCCGGUGAAGAUAGUGAUUCACGGGUUCGGGGGUGGUCGCAAUCUUUCGCCGAGUCCUGAUAUGCGGAAGGCGUACUUCAUCCGGGGCAAUUAUAACAUAAUCAUCGUCGACUAUGGAACUGCCGUCACGGAACCAUGUCUCAGUCAGAUCGAGUGGGCUCCCCGAUUCGGCAGUUUGUGUGUCUCCCAGCUGGUUAAGUAUAUUUUCAACCACCCGCGGGGCGUACCUCCGGAUAGUAUGCACCUGAUCGGAUACAGUGUUGGGGCCCAUAUUGCGGGUUUGGUGGCAAACUAUUUGACCCCGGAGGAAGGAAAGCUAGGCCGAAUAACGGGAUUGGAUCCGACGAUCUUUUUUUAUGCUGGGACGAACAAUUCCAGGGAUUUGGAUCCGUCUGAUGCACAUUUUGUGGAUAUUAUCCAUACUGGUGCGGGAAUUCUCGGACAAUGGAGUCCCGGGGGACAUGCGGAUUUUUACGUAAACGGUGGAACAAGCCAGCCGGGAUGCGCAAGCAGUACGAUAUUUCAGACCCUGGCCUGCGACCAUACCAAGGUCACCCCGUACUUCAUCGAGUCAAUCAACAGCGAGAAGGGAUUCUGGGCGGGUCCAUGCUCAACGCUGAUAUCGUACCUUCUGGGCUGGUGUGAACCGAAGGACACCGACUACGUUCUGAUGGGAGAACACGUGUCUCAACGGGCACGAGGAAUCUAUUACGUCACAACCAAUGCGAAACCUCCGUACGCCAGAGGUUUUCCUGGCAAAAAUCGUCGGACGGCGAAGAAUUCCGAAUACGGAGGGGUGCGACGGAAGUAAUCCGCCGCUUAACCAAUCAUCAAAAGCGAAAAGGUUGUGAUAGAAACAUAGUGCAUACGAGCAUAUUUUCCCAAAGCAGACGUGCAAUUUGUACAGUUACUUGAGGAAUUAAGGGAAUCUAGGGGAUGUUUAUUCUAAUGCAAACAAGUACCAUUCUAGUUAACAUAGCGUGUAGAGUAUUAUUCGUUAAGGAUAGGUUUAAUUGAGACAUUAAAUCGUGCACUUAAUGUAGAGCGCACAGAGACAUUACGCGAAUGACAGAGGCACGCGGCAACUAUUUGAAAAGUGGUGUACAACGCAAUACUAAACUAGCAAUCUCGCCAGAUAGAUUUAGGUUUCAGGAAAAUAAAACGACAGUAAAACUAGUGUUACCAGUUUGGAGGAGUGUAGGUUAUGUCUAGUUGAGCCCACCUGCAGUUAUCGCUUCCAUAAGGGGGAGACAUUUUGUUGGGGCGCAACAAUUUAGUGUAAGUGUGUAAAUAAAGUGAAUAUUUGUG